CCUUCCCUCCAUCCAACCAUUAAGGGCUGCGUUCGAAAACGCCCCUUGCCCCCACCCGUGUGUGGUGACCAAGGGAUAUGGUGGUGGGGAUAGUGGAACACUCGAGGAAUUGUCGGUUUUCGAACGGUUUGAUAGUUUCCAAGGGGUUAUGGCGAUAAUUGAUAGUAUUGAAUUACGUCGAAAUCGCUUAAUUUCACUGGUUAUAACGACCAGCGACAAUUUUUUGGAAAGUAGUCUAAAUAUAACAAAUGAUAGUGAUCCAGACGAGGAAAUUAAUACUAUAUUGUUGGCAAAAUAUCAGCAAAGAUUACGCGGUGUACGACGGAAACCGUUGCGCAUUAUAGGUUAUGUGGAGAGAACAGUUCCGUCACUAACAGCGAAGCAAUUUCGCGAACAUUUUCGCAUGACGCCUGCUGCAUAUGAAACUUUAGAAAUGAAAUUAAGUGCCUCACUAAGUAAGACAAGUCAUUCGGGUAAACCUACCAUUCCUGUUCGCAAGCAAUUGCUAUCUACAUUGUGGAUUCUCGCUACUCCUGAUUCUUACAGGUCUGUAGGAGAGCGAUUUGACAUGGGAAAAUCAUCUGUAAGUGAUUCCUUUAUGAGAGUUGUGAAAGCCCUCAAUGAUAUUGCUGGAGAUGUCAUUGUCUGGCCCCAAGGAGACCGGCGUGCUGCUGUUUAUGAGAAUUUCCAGCGCAUCGGAAGACUCCCUCAUGUAAUAGGAGCUAUAGAUGGAACAAAUAUACCAAUCAAAGCUCCAAAGGUGGAUGCACGCUUCUACAUAAGUAAAGAUAAGGAAUAUGCAAUAACUUUGCAAGCAGUGUGCGAUGCAGAACUUCGAUUUUUAGAUUGCUUUGCUGGAUUUGCUGGGUCAGUGGGAGAUAGACGUGUUUUUCGAAAUUCAGAUCUAUGGAAGGAAGUUAUGAGAAAUAGAGCAUCUUAUUUUAUGGAUCAGGAUUACAUCAUAGGAGACAAGGCCUAUCCAUAUCUGUCAUGGUUAAUACCACCAUUCAUUAAUUUAGGCCAACUCACAGAAAAUCAAAAAAAAUUUAACACAGCACUUUCCAGUAUGAGGCAAGUUAUUGAAAGAGCAUUUGCUUUGUUGAAAGGCAGAUGGAGACGACUGAAAUUUCUGGAUAUGAACCGUGAUGACGUGAUUCCUUUUGUCAUCUUGGCAAGCUGUGUACUACAUAAUAUUUGUCUUGAUAAUGGAUUGGAAGAUUAUGAAGAUUUCAUUGAUGAAGGUCCUGAGAACAACAAUGACGAAGAUGAUGUCCAUUUGCUUAGGAACCCAGUAAACUUUCAAAAUGAUCCUGAGGGUGUUCUAAAACGACAAUACCUUGUCACUUUACUUCGCUGAUGAAAAAAUUAUGUUCAUAAAAUUAUCAUUAAACAGAAUAAUUUUUGUGAUUUCACUAACUUCCUUCCAUGGAUCUGAAUUUCCAAAAAUACGUCUAUCUCCCACUGAUCCAGUAAAGUAAUAUACUAUAUAAACUGGUAUUCUAAGAUCUUGUACUCAAGAUCGUCUUGAAUUAAUCUAAAAAUACUGUAUCGAACAUUUCAUUGGCUACGAAAUAUCUAUAAAUCU